AUGUCAGCCAAUACAUCUAAAGAAAUGCCCGCAAAGGUAGCCCAGACCUCCAAGGCCUCAACCCCCAGAUCAACAUCAAGCAACGCCGCCUCGACCAAAGCCACCUCCGGCACCCCUGGCACCACUCUUCGUCAUCAGCCCGCUGCACAAGACCCUAAUCAAGCCUUGUCCCAACGGCUCACUGGACCGUCCGGAAAUACGUUGCUGCGUGGCAUAGGCGCCUGGGCAGAUCCCCCCGGGCCAAACGCAGGAGCAACCACUGAUUCGGCCAUCGGCGGUGAUAUUUCUCACCAACGAAAUGCAAGAGAAUUGGGUCCCCAAUCACAGCCCAGAAGCAGCAAUGACCAAGGGUUGACUCCCAUGGAACGGUUUCGCAAAGAGGGGAGGCAUGAUCAGCCAUCUGGGUUGUUGGACGGUGGUAAACCGCAGUCGGAGCAUGGGAAGGGCAAGAGUUAUUGA